AUGCACCUGCAAUUCGACUCCAACGUCUCCUGUCCACGCCGCACGCUAUCUAACAAUUGCCCAAGUUAUUGACCGUGGCUUCCAUCUAGGCUUCCUCAGAAGAAGAAAUACCCAUCCCCGUUACCAAGCCGAAAGCCAACCAACUUUACGCCAACAUUGAACAUCAGCUGGAGCCACCAUGACCCGGUUCCCACUCCGCUCGAUUUCCACCAUCUCCAGGCUGUCCCCUGCAUGUCGGAGGUCAGCGGGGCCGACACACCCCUUCCGUCCGACAGUCCGCAACUACAGCAACGGCAGCACCUCGUCCCCCAAGUCCGCCGAACGAGCGAGCGCCAACAGCGGCGGCUCGCGCAGCAAAGAGGCCAAGGAGACCGGGUCGAGCCCCACGGCGGGGGCGAUCCCGGACGCGCUCUCGGAGGGCGACAUGCGCGGCGCGACGGGGGGCGGCACGCCACUCGACAGCUCGCACGACGCGCCGCCGCAACCCAAGAUCAGCAACGCCAGCGUGCCGGGCUCGCGGCCGCAGCUGACGCCCGAGCAGCAGGCCGAGGUGGACGAGCACAACCGCGACUUUGAGAACAAGCAUGGCAAGGCGCAGCCGGCGGGCGAUGAUAAGGUUGAUAAGAGCUUCUGGAGCGGGAAGGGGUCGCGGUAUAAUAAGGCCUGA